ACGAGUGAAACGAGGAUUUUUUGCGGAAUGACGAAAAAACCCUAACCAACUUGUUUGUCUCUUAUUACAGUGCACAUUAUCUAACCAAAACAUAACCAGACUACUUCCGUUCGAAAUCCCUCUCUGACAAACUCCGAGAUAUUGGAUAGAGGGCUUUGUCCAAAGAAGAUGUUCCCUCAGCAAUGGUCGUCUCCAUGCAACAGCCAAUGCACCAGCAAAUACGCAGCUCUUACUCAGAUUCCAUGGAGAGUCUUUUGCAAGAAAGGUUGUGACUCUGAUGGAGAGACAUGGGAAGAAUGCUUGGCAGAGUGCAACGAGAUAUGUUAUAAAGAUCCAGUUUUAAAGGACCAUCAGUGGAGUGCGUAUAUUGAUCGUUCACCAGGAGCUGAUAAUUACUCAGUGGAAUGCUUCCAUGCUUGUGUAGCUGGAUGUGGUUACAAGUUUGGCAAAUGCUCGGGGACAGUUGAUCAAGUUCAUCCAAACAGGCCACCCAAGCCCUGCAUAGUGAAAAAACCUCCACCUCCUACAGAACCCAUUGUUACUGAGGAAGACAUACCUUCAACUUCUGCAUAGAAAGGGAAUACAUUAAAUGAUACAUAUGUUUCCUGUUGACUUAAUCUUUUUAAAUAGGUUGCAGGAAUCUUCAACUUACAGAUUGCCAAUUCUGCUUGGCUCAGUUCACUUUUGUAGGUCCUUUGUGAACUUUUACCCAAAAGCAAAUUAUACUCAUACCCAACCUCCUGCCUCUUGCUCCUGCUCUGUUCAUGGAGCUGUCAGUGACCUAACAAUUGGGUUUGGUUGUACUUUUGGUGCUGUCCUUGUAUAACUGAGUUGUAACUUUAUCCCUCCCUCUAAGCAUUUAGGCUCAUCUCUGUAUGAAUGAUAUGUUAAAUAUUAAAUAGUAGUUCUCACUAUUGGAUAUUUAAGUCUUGAUCUGGAUUGGACA